UCUUCCCCCGCCGGUGACUUUCACCUAUUUCAGCUCCAUCUUCCUCUUCUAAUACAAUUGUGAUUCUGUUACGAUUAUUAAUUGAAUCAAUCGGGUUGAGAUGGCUUCAACCGUGCUGUCCUUGGCUUCCGUCUCCCCACCGUCUUCCCUAUCAUUCCAUGACUCUCACAAGGGGAAGAUCAACCUUGGUAGCUUGGAGAGAAGCAAUCUCUUCCUCAAGACGGAGUCAGCUGGUCGGGUAUCUAUGGUUGCCUCUGUCAAGGCUUCUCGAUUCGACGGUGUUACCAUGGCCCCUCCUGAUCCUAUUCUUGGAGUUUCUGAAGCAUUCAAAGCUAGUACAAAUGAGAUGAAGCUCAACCUUGGUGUUGGGGCGUACCGCACAGAAGAACUCCAGCCAUAUGUUCUCAAUGUUGUUAAGAAGGCAGAGAAUCUUAUGCUUCAAAGGGGGGAAAACAAAGAGUACCUCCCCAUUGAGGGUUUGGCAGCAUUCAACAAAGCAACUGCAGAGUUAUUAUUUGGAGCAGACAACCCAGUGAUAAAGGAGCAAAAGGUUGCAACUGUUCAAGGUCUGUCAGGGACUGGUUCCCUUCGCCUUGCUGCGGCGUUUAUAGAGCGAUAUUUUCCUGGGGCCAAAGCUUUAAUAUCAUCUCCCACCUGGGGUAAUCACAAGAAUAUUUUUAAUGAUGCUGGAGUUCCCUGGUCCGAGUACCGAUAUUAUGAUCCAAAAACAGUUGGUUUGGACUUUGAGGGGAUGAUAGCAGACAUAAAGGCCGCACCUGAAGGAUCUUUUAUAUUGCUUCACGGCUGUGCUCACAAUCCUACUGGCAUUGAUCCAACCCUUGACCAGUGGGAAAAAAUUGCUGAUGUCAUUCAAGAAAAGAACCACAUCCCUUUUUUUGAUGUUGCGUACCAGGGAUUUGCUAGUGGAAGCUUGGAUGCUGAUGCUGCAUCUGUCAGAUUGUUUGCGGCACGAGGUAUGGAGCUCCUGGUUGCUCAGUCGUACAGUAAAAACCUUGGUCUGUAUGCUGAAAGAAUUGGAGCAAUUAAUGUUGUUUUGACCUCAUCUGAUACAGCUGCAAGGGUAAAGAGCCAGCUGAAGAGGCUUGCUCGACCAAUGUACUCAAACCCUCCUAUUCAUGGGGCUAAGAUCGUGGCCAAUAUUGUUGGGGAUCCUACACUGUUCAAUGAGUGGAAAGCAGAGAUGGAAAUGAUGGCCGGAAGAAUAAAGAAUGUGAGACAAAAACUAUACGAUAGCCUCUGUGCAAAAGAUAAGAGUGGAAAGGAUUGGUCAUUUAUCCUAAAGCAGAUUGGCAUGUUUUCAUUCACAGGCUUGAACAAAACUCAGACCGAGAAUAUGACGAACAAGUGGCAUGUAUUCAUGACAAAGGAUGGUAGAAUAUCCCUGGCUGGAUUGAAUUUGGCGAAAUGUGAAUACCUUUCAGAUGCCAUAAUUGAUUCCUACCACAAUGUUAGUUGAAGUAUUCUGAGUAGUUGGCACACAAGAUUGAUGCAGACGCUUAGAAAAUUUUGGCCCCUUAAAUUUGAACACAAGUACUAUAAUUUUGUAGUGAUCUUUCGUGUUUGUAAGAUCUUACAUGUUUGUAGAGAUGCAUCUCCCGAGACAGGGAUCGUGUAAUAAUACGGUGCAGUAUGAUUAAACACAACAAUUUCUGUAAUAAAAGAACAUGAUCAGCUCACUGCAGCUAAUCCAUAGCAA